AUGACAGUUCUAAUCGACGAAAAAGGUCAUAGAAAUAGAGACAGCAGGAAGUCAUGGUUACGAUUGGUGGUGAUUGGAGUUGGUAUUGUUCUUACGGUAUCGGGGGUGAUGGUAUUGCUUGGCCAGCAAUAUGCUCCUGCAAAUGAAGCAUUGGAGAUGGAAUUUACGAAGCCGUCGGUCGAGGUAGUGGAAUUAGAGGCCGCAGAAGUGGAGCAGCUCAAAAAAUUGGGGUUGAGUCCCAAACCAAAGUUGAAGAUCGAUAAUGGCCGGGAUGAGCAGGUUUUACACGGAAGGUUCUUGCACAUCACCGAUAUACACCCAGACAAGUACUACAAAGCCGGAUCGAAGGUGAGUGCGUUGUGUCAUGGUGGUAAGGGUAAUGCAGGGAAAUACGGAGAUGCUGUUCUAGGCUGUGAUAGUCCUAUUGUGUUGAUGGAAGACACACUUAAAUGGAUCAAAGAGAAUUUGAAAGAUAAGAUCGAUUUUGUUGUGUGGACCGGUGAUAAUGUCAGACAUGAUAAUGAUAGAAGGUUUCCAAGAACUGAGUCGAAUAUAUUUGAUAUGAAUGAAAGAGUGAGUGAAUUGAUGUAUGAAACCUUUAAGAAAGAGCAUCCUCGCGGCGGACCCCAAAGACAAUUAGAGGUCCCACUAGUUCCAUCACUUGGAAACAAUGAUGUUUUCCCUCAUAAUUUGUUUUCUCCAGGUCCAACUUUGCAGACUAGAGAAUUAUUCAAGAUAUGGCAAGAUUUUAUUCCCUCGGCCCAAUUACAUGUAUUCAAUAGAGGGGCAUAUUUCUUCAAGGAGAUUAUUCCCAAUGAAUUGGCUGUAUUGUCGAUCAAUACGCUUUAUCUUUUCCAAUCAAACCCCUUGGUCGAUAAUUGCGAUAGGAAGAAAGAUCCUGGCUAUAAGCUAUUUGAAUGGUUAGGAUAUACAUUGAAAGAAAUGAGGGCAAGAAACAUGAAGGUAUGGCUUUCAGGACAUGUUCCACCCAACGAAAAGAACUAUGAUAUUUCAUGUUUGCGGAAGUAUAUUGUGUGGGCAUAUGAGUAUAGAGAUGUUAUAAUUGGAGGGUUGUACGGCCACAUGAAUAUCGAUCAUUUCAUUCCUUUGGAUUCCAAAGCAGCAUAUAAGUCCAUUAAAAAGAAGUUUGGAAAACUUGGUUUCGAAUAUGACUUAUCGUUUGAAAAUGAAUUAAGCACUCUAGAAGAUAAUUACGACUCAGAUAGCGACGAUGACGAAAACGAAGAUAUUUCAUUAGAAGAAUCUUACUCCAAUUUUAAGAGUCCUAUAUUCAAGGAUGGGUUUGAUGAUCCAGUGAGCUUCAAAAAUAUGGAUGAGAUCAGGAUCCAAGGAGGAGUUCCAAACGGUAAGGUAGAGUACAUGGAAACCGUGAGAAAGGAAUCAUACGCCAAUGUUAAGGGAAAGAAGAAACGUGGUUUUGCAUCAGAAAGAUAUUCUAUAGCUCAUGUCACGGCAAGUGUUGUUCCGACGUUCAACUCUGGUUUAAGAGUAUGGGAAUACAACAUCACUAACCUCCAAAACCUCCUCACAAAUACCCAACCAAGAUUCGCUCCAUGGGAUCAAUUCUUCGAGGGACUCGAAAAGUUGAUGGAAACGCAAGUGCACUCCGACUACGACGAUGAAUUUAUCACCUUUGAACAACAAGUGGAAAUAUUCAAAAAGGACAAAACAUUCCCUCCUAAGAUGCCAAAAUCAAAGCCUUUAGGUCCCGCUUACGUACCCCAAACGUUUUCUCCAGAGAGAUACGUACAAUAUUAUGCUGAUUUGGCCAGCAUAAACAAGGGAGACAAAGAGUUUGCCUACGAAUUUGAAUACGCCACCGAUGAUAAAGUCUAUGACAUGAAGACCUUAACCGUCGAUGAGUGGGUUUCGCUUGCUAGAAGGCUCGGAAAACCCGUUAAAGAAAAGCGCAACAAAAACACAUCUAAAAAGAAGUCAAAGAAGAAGCAGAAGAGCAAAGGCAAAAACUUGCGUGAGACUAACGAACCUAUAAUCCAACAUGCAGCUCAGCAUGAUUCUAAAGACGGUACUUCGGAACUUAGCCACAUUGAACAAUCUGGCAAGUUGGAAGUAUUGUGGAAGCAUUACUUGAAGCAUUCAUUUGUAGAUUCGGACUAUGAGUACAUGGGCAUGGGCUGA